AUGGACCUGCCACCUACAGCGAGGUCUGUGGGUCCCCUCUCCUCCCACUCCCCCUGUGCCAUUAGUGCUGGUGUGGGCACCCAGUACCUGGGUCACCAGCCUAGCCUGAGCCAGCUCUCCAUGCCCUAUGGCUGGAGCUCCAUGGCUCCCAGUGGCAGCUCCCAUGCCAUGCGUGUUAAUCCUCAUAAGACAGGAAUUAAACCUGUAAUAGAUUCCUUUCUCAAAUUUGGCCUUUUAGUAGAAUGUGAAUCUGAAUAUAACACCCCCAUUCUGCCAAUCUGGAAACUGGAUGGGAAAAGUUAUCGAUUAGUACAAGACCUAAGAGCUAUCAAUAAAAUAAUAGAAGACCUUUAUCCCGUCGUGGCCAACCCUUAUACUUUGUUAACAAAACUAAGAGAGAAUCUUGUUUGGUUUACUGUUUUAGACUUAAAAGAUGCCGCCUUCUGCCUGCCCUUGGAGCCAGAGAGCCAAAAAUUGUUUGCUUUUGAAUGGGAAAAUCUGGAGUCAGGUUGGAAGUCCCAACUCACCUCGACCGUGUUACCCCAAGGCUUCAAAAGUAGCCCAACAUUAUUUGGAAACCAACUGGCAAGAGACCUUGAGGACUGGACGGCACCCGCUGGGGAAGGAGUUUUGCUCCAAUAUGUGGACGACCUGUUGAUAGCCACCGAAACCUUAAACAGCUGUAGGGAAUGGACGGUAAGCCUGUUAAAUAUUCUCGGACUUAAAGGAUAUAAAGUAUCUCAGCAAAAGGCACAAAUAAUGAAGCAAGAAGUCACCUACCUGGGGUAUGAGGUCUCAGGGGGGCAGCCAAAAUUAGGACAAGAACGCAAAGAAACGAUCAGCCAAACCCCUCAACCCAGGACACCUGAGGAACUUCAGACGUUUCUUGGGAUGACAGGUUGGUGUCAACUCUGGAUCGAUAAUUAUGGUAUAUUAGUAAAACCCCUAUGCCAAUUGCUGCAAACAGAAACGAGGGAAUUACAGUGGACUGGGGAAACAAAAUGGGCAUUUAAUGAAUUAAAGAAGUGUCGUGGGUAUUUCAGAAACAGAGUGAGCGUGGCACCGGGAAGCCCUGCGGCACGUCAUGGACUGCGUCUGCCAGCUGCUGGUGGUGCGGGAGCUGCUCGUCCUGCAGGGACGGCCCAAGCAGAGUCCUCCCUCUCCUGGGGAAGAAGCAAAGCCGGCCCUUGUGCGGCCCCAGUGUGGCUGUGGCGCCUUUGUUGCCAGCUGCUCUUGGAGAGGCUGAGACCCAGUGGGGUUCAGGCUGUGGUUCGGGGCAUCAUGGAGGGAACAUGUGCAGAUGGCGCUGGUGCUGAGGCAGCAGCUGUGGACUGGAGAAAAUGUGACAUGGUUGCAAAGAUCCUGGCUUCCUGCCUGCAUCAGUGCUGUUCCCUUGAGGAGUACUACAGGCUGGUGUGCCCCCAGAUUCUGGACUUGCUGCACAUCCAGGACAAGCUGACAGCGUUCCAGUUCUAGCGUGUGGCCACCAUGACGCUGCUCACCAUGGUGAAAGAGCACCCCCAGUUGGCAGAGAAGUACCUGCUCCAGCCCCUGUUGGCACCAUUCCUGCGAUGCUCGGAGGCAGCAGAGCUAGCAGUGGAAGAUUUAUCAGCAGGGACCGUGCUGGUGACAGAGGCAGAGCUUGGCAGCUGUGUGGAAGAUGUGCUCAAGGUAUCGUGUCUGAUUUGGGCCUGAGGGUAGAUGAGAAGACUACUCUAAGAAAGAGCCGGUUUGAGACUCUCUGAGCAGUUCAGUGUGUGUGUGACCAUGACAAAACCCAGCAUCUCCUGCAGUUGUGAUGCUGAGGUGAGGCCAAGAGCUGCACAGAAUAACCUGUGCAGUGUUGCGCUGGCAGGACUGCAGCUUUAUGCUGGAUACCAGAGGCACUGCCUGAAUCCCUUCAAGCAUUCUCACCCCAAAACAUUCUGAGAUGGCAGUAAGCUCUUGCUGGUUGGUUUUUUCCCCGGUGUCUUUCUGGUGUGGCAGAGUAAUAUAAGUCUGAGCGGUGGGCUGGGAGCCGGGAGUCUCCAUGGUGCUUUCAUAUCUUCUUUCUCCGUGAUCUGCAGCAAGACUUUGUGAGCAUUGCUAAAUUGUGCAGCUUCUACAGGACCGCAGCACAGCGGGAGGCCCUAGUCAGGAGUACCGCUGGCCUGGCACACGUUGCCUCGGGCUGUCAGUCCUGGUCUGAGACAAUGCUGCUGCACACCUUCCAGUGUCACAGUUGUACAGCU